AUGUCCGCAGCAUCGAACUUCGCCCUUCGUCGCACAAUCAACCUAUCUGCCACGCUCCCCCGCUCUCAGCGGCGCUGGGCUAGGGUCAAUGAUGUCCGCUUCGUCACAACCCAUCGAGACAAUGAGCACAUUCUCGACCGGUACAGGGAGAAAUUGGAGCAGAAGGCCAAAGAGGAAGGACAUGACUCGGUUUCCUCGCUAAAGGAGGCGUACAAGGAGAAGAUCUCCGACUUGAGGCGGUCGGCUAGUAUUCUACCUGCAGCACCUUCGGCUUCGACGUCGAGCUCGCCAGCGAAGCCUUUCCCAUUCCAACAGCCUCCACCUCCGCCACCGACGGUACAGUCCAUGCCUACAACACAGCAAUCCAGUGCACCGAGACAAACAAAAUCAGCCUCGGGCACCCCGGGUAUCAAGCCAUUAUCAUCGUACCUCGACCUAGAAAAGGUGGCUACCUUGCCAAAGAAAGAGGUGGAAUACAUUUGGAGGCUGCGGCACGCCAAAGACCCGCUUUCUCUCUGCGCCAUAAUUCCUCUAGAAACAUACCACCGAAUCUACCGCACAGCUAGAAUACAUCCUCAAUUCGUCCUCCCUCUCCCACGCCCGACAACGGAGAAUGGAAGCGGGGAUGGUAAGCAAUCUUCUCCUCGAGGUUUCGAAGGGGCCGAGAGGUCGGCCGCGGACAUUCAUUUCUUGCAAUGGGGUUUCCAUCCUCCUGCUGGUGCUCCCCCAAGUCCAGAUGUCAAGACGGCAAAUACCCACACAAGUACCGUCCUCUUCACGCAUCUAGCUGCGUUUAAGCUUCACGGCACAUAUGCGCAACCACAUACUACCGUAACUCAUCAUCUCGACCUCGCCGAUUCACAUGGCCUCGUUUUACUGAACGGGGCUGUUGUGGAUGGCCGCGGCGUCAGUGUCGAAGAAGGCAGGUGGUUGUUGAUGUGCCUUCAAAAGUUCUAUGAUUAUGAAGGUCACGGUCGAGGGAUUGGGCGCGAGAAGCGGCAAGGUCUGUUGGAGAAAUUCAGCAAAGGUGACCAGGGAUUCAACCUGGAAGAACUGGUCGACGAGGCUGAAAGAAUCUCAUAA